AUGGUGGAUCGCGAAAGGAUACCCCUGGCGGUCUUGCUGGCUCUGCUGAUUUAUCCUAACGACAACUUCGGGGGUGCCUUCCAGCCGGAAUUUCGGCAGUCGAUCGCGAAUCUGACGGUUCCGCUCGGAAGAGACGCGACGUUUACCUGUCACGUCGAUCACCUGGGACAAUUCAAGGUCGGGUGGGUAAAAACUGACAACAAGGCGAUUCAAGCAAUCCACGACCGUGUCAUUACGCACAAUCCACGGGUGUCCGUUUCAAGAGGUGACCAUUCAAUGUGGAAUCUACACAUCAAAGGUGUGCAGCUAGAUGACGCCGGACUUUACAUGUGUCAAAUCAACACGGAUCCUAUGAAGAGCCAGACCGGCAUGCUCUCGAUCGAGGUGCCGCCCGACUUCGUGGCCGAGGAGACCUCCGGCGACGUAAUGAUAAACGAAGGAGGGCAGACGAAGCUGACAUGUAGGGCCAGAGGCGUGCCCAUGCCGCGCGUCACCUGGCGCAGAGAGGAUAACAAGGACAUUGUGAUUCGCGAGGCGUACGGAGGAAGCGUAGCGAGUCAGAAAACACACGGGAAUGCAUCCUCUUUGACGCGUGUCUCUACACUCUCGGCAACGAUACUUGCAGUGUCAUCCAUGCAGGAAUUUCAAGGGGAGGUCUUGAGAUUGUCGAGGAUUUCGAGGACCGACAUGGGAGCGUACUUGUGCAUUGCCAGCAACGGAGUCCCACCUGCUAUCAGUAAGCGCAUCAUAGUCAGCGUGCACUUUCCCCCGGUGAUCCACGUGCCGAAUCAACUGGUCAGCGCUCCGUUGGGCACGGACGUGAUGCUGGUGUGCUACGUGGAGGCGUUCCCGAUGUCGAUCAAUUAUUGGGUCAAGGAUAACGGGGCCAUAAUCAUUUCUAGCGCUCGCCUCGACGUCCAGGCUGUUCCAAGCUCCAACUUCGAGGUCAAGAUGAUCCUGACCAUCCGCAAUCUGCAGAAACACGACACGGGCUCCUAUGUCUGCGCCGCCAAGAACUCUUUGGGGGAGGUCGAGGGCAGCAUCCGGUUGUACGACCUUCACGACAUUCAAGGGGCGACCAAGUCGCAAACGGCCUACUACGACGAGAAGGACGAGGUGGUCUUCGGAUCGGCCGAAAUAGAGAAAUCGGAGAACAAGCCCUACUCGAUAGACAAUACGGUCCACGGACAUUUGGGAUAUCCUUCGGUAUCAUCGCUAUCGCCAACCGGGACCAACAGGAAGCGUCCUGGCUUGCCCAUAAACGCCACCUCCGGGAGCAGGAAAUUUUUCGGAACUUCUAUGUGGAGCGAAAUACUCAUCUUCCUCGUUAUCAUCGUCUCUUGAGCGAGGUAUCGAUCGAGCGGAACCGAGUAAACGAAGAAUCGGGACACUUUGGCAACGAAAGAGGACGCAGGUGGUGAACGUUAACGAGCGUUCG